UUACUACCGUUUCCCAUUGUCAUCCACAAAUUUUCCUGUCUUUCUAAAACAGAAAGCAUGAUUGGAGAUUGGUGAAUCAUGUCCCUCGAAGUAGUGCUUUCCAACUGGUGCACUAUUCGAAAUUGAAAAAGCAGCCACCAAGCCGACCUACUCUUCACCACCAAAAACACCACACAUAUCUAUCUCACUCUCUCUCAUCCCUCUCUCUCUCUCUCUCCGCAACGACAGAGAUCCCAACUUCUCAUCCCGCCAUGUCCACCCUCCUCUUCCUCCUCCUCCUCUCUCUCUCCUCCCUCAUUCUAUCCCAAUCCCUUACCCUCCCCUCAGACAUCGCAGCCCUCCAAGCCUUCAAAGCCUCAAUCAAACCCACCACCAUCCCAUCCUACUCCUGCCUAGCCUCAUGGAACUUCACCUCCGAUCCCUGCUCUUUCCCCAAGGUCACCCACUUCACCUGCGGCCUCACCUGCACCACUACCUCCAACCCCUUCCGAGUCACCCAACUCACCCUCGACCCGGCCGGCUACUCGGGCACCCUCUCCCCACUCGUCUCCGGACUCACCCAGCUCGUCCACCUCGACCUCUCCGGAAACAACUUCUUCGGCCCAAUCCCCGCCUCCCUGUCCUCUCUCCCCAAUCUGCAAUCUUUAGUUCUCCGGUCCAAUUCCUUCUCCGGCCCAAUCCCUCCUUCCAUUACUAAUUUUCGAUCGCUACAAACUCUCGAUUUCGCCGGGAAUUCGCUUUCUGGGUCAUUGCCAAAUAACCUGAAUUCAAUGAUGAAUUUGAGAAGACUCGACCUUAGCUUCAACAAACUUACUGGGUCACUCCCCAUGCUUCCCCCGAAUCUGCUCGAGCUGGCAAUGAAGGCCAAUUCUCUAUCUGGGUCUCUUAACAAAUCGUCUUUUAACGGGUUAACUCAGAUCGAGGUAGUCGAACUCAGCCAAAACUCGCUCUCGGGAACACUAGAAUCCUGGUUCUUCCUGCUACCGUCACUUCAACAAGUCGACUUGGCCAAUAACAGCUUGACACGCGUCGAGAUCUCGCGACCCACAGACAGCGAGGUCGUCGCCGUUGAAUUGGGGUUUAACAAAAUAGAAGGUUAUGUGCCCAAGAAUUUCUCUUUUUACCCGAUGCUGUCGUCUCUGUCGCUGCGGUACAACCGAUUACGUGGACCAAUCCCGUUGGAGUUUGGAAAGAAGCAGAAGCUGAGGAGGUUGUAUCUGGACGGGAAUUUCUUGAACGGGACGCCGCCGGCGGUGUUUUUCUCCGGCGAGACGGGGUUUUCCGGCAGCUUGGGGGACAAUUGCCUGCAGAGCUGUCCGGGUUCGUCGGAGCUUUGUUUGAAGUCACAGAAACCCACGUCGAUUUGCAGGCAAGCCUAUGGUGGUGGAAAACCAAGGGCCUCUUAAAUGUUUUCUUGUUUAUUGGUACUACGAGUAGAUUUUUAUACUACUAGUAUUUUGAUGAGUUCAUAUUUGUAAGAUAAAAUAAGAAUCUCCCCUCAUUUUCCCCCUCUCCUAAAAUUUGGUCUCGAUAUCCGCUUGUAUCAUAAAAAUUAAUGUCUGUCUAUAAAUUGUUUUCGAGUUUCAUCGGUUCACGUUUUUUUCCGAAAACUCUAAUAUGAAGUAUUUGUUUCGGUAAAA